UCUGAAAAUAGCCACGUAACAACAGCGCCGUCACUUCUGGCUACAAUUUAGUAUAACCUAUAAAUUCUGUUGUCAUUACGGUAGAGUUUGAAAGGAAGCUGCAGAUAAUUUUAGCAUUUUCACAAUAAGCUAAAUUGAAGAAGAAAAUACGUCUAAGAUCAAAUCACACCUUUUACAGAAUGGACGUAUUUCUCAUGAUCAGGAGGAAGAAAAUGACCAUUUUCACAGACGCAAAGGACACUACCAGUGUGGCUGAGCUCAAGAGGAUCAUUGAAGGAAUUUUAAAGAUUCCCCCCGUUAAUCAGCUGUUGUUCAACAAAGAGAAUAUACAGAUGUCAGAUUUAGAAACUCUCGCUUAUUAUGGUCUAACCUCAGCGUCAGCAAAAGCACAGUGCCCAGCCUUAAUAGGAUUAGCAGUACGUCAAGAGAAUGGUCAGUUUGAACCGCUUGAGAUUACACCAUUCUCGCUUCCACCUGACUUACCUGACGUAAUGAAAUCACAGGAGGCCAAUGGUCAAGAACAAUCACCUUGAGGUGCACUCAACUUGAUCAUUAACAGCAACAAAAAAGUCCGUAUUGAUAAAUAAGAAGAAAAUCUUCACUUCGUUAAGUUCUUGAUAUAAAAAGAAAAUGACUAAAUAAAGUUAAUUAAUGUAUUAAUAUAAUAUUUUUUCUUAUUUGGAAUGUAGAAACUUAUUGCACAUUGUCUGCAUUGUAUGAAUACAUGGCCGACAUAAUUACGGCUUAUAUAAGGUAAAUGCCGUUAUAUGGUGAGCCUUGUUUUUGCCACCGAGCCAAUCAGUCACUGUCAUAUCUUUACAUCAAAAUUAAUGCAAAUUUUUUUUCACCAAUUAACAAUCCUUAUUCCGUUUUGCAGAUGAAAAUCAUUGUCUUAAACUCUAUGCGAAAUUCUGUAUUGAAUAUUGAUAGAUUGAAAUCCAUGGCUUCUGCUAAUUAAUUUCUUUAAAUUUUGGUUUCAAAUUAAUCAUUUGACAUGAGCGAUCGAAGGAACCGAUUUAUUGAAGCCAUACAUUUUUCAAUUUGUGAUAUAAUAGAAUGAUUAAAAAUUAAA